AUGAGUAAUUAGAACAAUAAUUGGAUGUAUUACAAUAUGAAUAAUUAAGGAAAUCAAUAAUAUCAUCACAUGUAAAAUAAUAAUAAUGGGAAUGUUAAUUCUGCUAAUAGUAAUUGUGCAAAUAAUAGUAAUAAUUCUUAACAAUAGCAAUAAAAUAGUCAUUCCCACUCUUAGCAUUAGUAAUACAAUAGCAUAUAAUAAUAGUAAUAUAAUGAGUAGAUUUAUUAAGCCAUGUAGUAGUAAUUUAAUCAUUAAAUGCAUCACCCUCACUCUUAAGGUUAAAAUAGCGGAAUAGUUUAGCCUCCUCCUGGUAUAGCUUUUAUGCCAUCGACUUUUCCUCAAGGCUAGUAUCCACAUUAUAAUUAAUAAGUUUAUUCGCAACAAUAAUAACCUUUAAUUCUUUAGUAGUAAUAGCAAUAAGCAUCAAAUGGCUCAAACAACUCAAGCCCUAACUAGAGUCAUUAAUAGCAGCCAUAAAAUACUAACAAUAACUAGCAAUUUUAAACUCCUUAAAGCCAAUCUCCUUAAACUACUUAACAAUAGCAACAAAUAUAAUAAAGCUAAACACAGCAAUAGCCAAAACUAAGCAAACUUCAAAAAUAGUAUUCUUUGAUAGAUGAUAGAGUCACUCAAGCAUCAGAAGAAGAAAGAUCAAUUUCUAGCUAUUAACAAUCAUAAAUAGGAAAUUUCAAUAAUUAAUAGGAAGAAUACCUUUUGGAACACUUAGAACUUAGUAUUUUUAAAAUACAGCCUUGUCCCAAUCAAAAUAUAUAGCAUAAUCAUAAAUAGUGCUAGUAUUAUCACGGAUUGAAGGACAGAAGAAGAGUAGGUACAAAUUAUUCACAUGAUCCUUGCUAAUUUAUUGAUAGUUUUGGAGCUAAUUGUCCUCUAGGUGAUAAGUGUCCUAAAAGUCAUAACAAGGUAGAAUAGUUGUAUCGUCCAGAUAAGUAUAAAACAAAAUUUUGCACAUACUAUCCAAAUAACUGCAAAUCUUGUGAAUAUGGUAUAUUUUGCUCUUUUGCUCAUUCUGAAAAUGACAUUAAUACUGAAUUAAUCCAUAAUUAUGAAUAUGAUGUGGACUUCUAUAUUUUUUAUUAUAAGACUGUAUGGUGUCCAUUUAAUUAUAUUAAUCACGAUAGAGGAAUGUGUGUUUAUGCUCAUAAUUGGUAAGAUUACCGUAGAAAACCUCACUCAAUUGAAUUUGGCUAUGAACCUGAUGGAUGUGAAAGUUGGAAUCCUAACUCUUUUAUCACUGAAUAUGAAAUAGGUUGUCCUAAUAAACAAAAUUGUAAAAAAUGUCAUGGUUGGAAAGAAUUAGAAUAUCACCCAAAAAUAUAUCGAACUAAACCUUGCUAGCAGCAACCUUGCCCAAAAGGAAAAGCAUGUCCGUAUUAUCAUAAUAUUUAAGAAAAAAGGAACCUCUCUAAUAAUAUUUAGUCUGAGCUUUUUAGAUAUGCUCCUAGAAAUAGAAUUACUAAAGGUCUAUUUAAAGUAUCAUAGCAUCUAAUUCCAAAAGAAAUUAAAUAGCCUUAGUAACCAGGUGGUGGAGGCAAUAACAAUCCCACUAACGGAAGUAGCGGAAUUAACAAUUAGCCAUCAAAAAUAGCAUAAUUUAAUAGCAGCCAUUCCCUCUCUUCUUAGAAUAAUAAUUCAGUAGCAAAUUACUAAGGAUAUUAAGACAAUGCUAUAAUGAAUAACCAGUAAGUUAAAAAAUAAGCUUCUCUUAAUUCUAAAAAAGUAAAAGGCAGCGCUGUCCUAUAAAAGAUGAAUACUUGCAAUGAUCUCUCUUCUAAUAUUUACGAAGAGUCUACAGACAACGAAAGGUAUCAACAGUUCUAAAGUGUUUAUUAAGAGAAAGGAACAUAAAAUCACCCAAUUACUCAAUCUCCUCCUCUUAAAAAACCAGCAGUAGGUGUAGUUAAUAAUAGCAACAAUCCUAAUAAUUUUAAAAGAAGUGAGAGCUAAUAAUUUGAAGAAGUUGCAACUUAAAACUCCACUCCAUAGCCUUAAUUUGCAGGUCAAGAAGAAUAAAAAAAAUCUUUGAAAAUUGCAGUCCCUUUCAUUCUUGAAGAGUAAAAGGAUUCUGGUAAGAAAUAGAGUACAUCUGAAAUUAAUAACAACUAAUAACAAUACUCAUCUUCUUCAAUAAAAUAAGGUAUCCAAGCAUAAUCUUAAAGUUAACAGGAAAUGUUCUCUAAAGAUUAAUUAGCAGAUUAGUUACAUUAAUAUGAUUAAUUCACUAAUGCAUUUACAACUUAACCCACUACUCUGUAGCGAUAAAACACAAAUCCUGCAUAAAACAUCCCUUUCUAAAACUAAUAAUUUAUGCAUUAUGAGAAUGCAAAUUACAAUCCUUAAAAUAACUAAAACUUCCCUUAGAAAGGAAGAGCUACUUAUUCGAAACAAAACUCAAUUCAAAGUAUUAAUAAUAGUAGCUGUAAUAAUUUAGAUAAUAUUUAAUAGAAAACGGCUAAUGAUAAAUAAGAUGAUGAAUAUGAUUAAAUUAACUUAGCAAUAUCUGAUUUUAAUGGCUUCUAAUAGUGA